AUGCGAGUCACUCAAAAUUUGAAUAAUAACAAUUCUUCAAACAUCAUCGUAGACAUACAAAAUAACGAAAAUAUUACAAGUAAUCCAAGCAAAAUCUUAGCUCCCGCCGAAACUGACUCUGCAACGUCAGCUGCGUUGUUUCUGGACACAACUUUGAACACAGACCCCAAUUUUAAAAAUACAGAUUCGGCUGAAGAGUCUUCUAUUUCCGAUAGUUCUUUCUCAGAUUCAUAUCAUCCAAUGACGGUUACAACGAAGGCUACGACGACUUCGACAACUGCUUCAAUUUCAAGACAACCGGAUAAAAAACUUAAAUAUGGUUUUUUAUCAAGCUUACUAAGUAGUAACAGUUCUUCCCAUUCUAUAUCUUCCACGUCGUCUGGUACAGAUGUACAAAAGAAAAAGUCUUCAAGUUCAACUGAAUCAAGUUCUAAACAAAAGUUAUUCAAGUCUUGGGGAAAUACUCAAGAUAAUGAAUAUAAGAACAUAGAAAAAGCCUUAUCGAAGUAA